AACGCAGGAGGCCGCUAAGCCGUGUUCCGGGAGCGCUGAUGUGCGCUUGCGCGGUACCAAGACCCGGCGGGCAGUUUGAAUUUCGCUCCCGGAGUUGGGUCUCGCCAUCCUGAGCUUCCGGUGGAGACUGGAGGGGUCUUCCCGCCUCGCGACCGCACUGAGUGGGCCCUUUGCUCCCGGACCCGCACGAGAGGCUUAAAGGAUGGCCUCCUCAGAUCUGGAACAGUUAUGCUCUCAUAUUAAUGAAAAGAUUGGCAAUAUUAAAAAAACUCUGUCAUUAAGAAAUUGUGGGCAAGAACCUACCCUGAAGACUAUAUUAAAUAAAAUAGGAGAUGAGAUCAUUGUAGUAAAUGAACUUCUAAAUAAAUUGGAAUUGGAAAUUCAGUAUCAAGAACAAACCAACAGUUCACUCAAGGAACUCUUUGAAUGUCUUGAAGAAGAUUAUAAAGAUGUGGAACAUCUCAAAGAAAACAUUCCUCCCCAUUUGCCUCAAGUAACAGUAACCCAGAACUUUGUUAAUGGAUCAGAUCUUGACCCUGAAGAACCAGUCAAAGUUGAGGAACCUGCACCCACAAAGAAGCCCUCCAAAGAACAAAAAAAUGUUAAAGAAAUGCCAUUUAUAACUUCUGAUGAGUUUAAUGGCAUUCCUGCGUACAUGAAAUCACGCUUAACCUAUUGUCAAAUUAAUGAUGUUAUUAAAGAAAUCAACAAGGCAGUAGUUAAUAAAUAUAAGAUCUUACAUCAACCAAAAAAGUCUAUGAGUUCUGUGGCCAGAAAUCUCUAUCACAGAUUUAUUGAUGAAGAAACGAAGGAAACCAAAGGCCAUUAUUUUGUAGUGGAAGCUGACAUAAAGGAGUUCACAGCUUUGAAAGUUGACAAGAGAUUUCACGUGAUACUGAAUAUUUUACGACACUGCCGGAGGCUAUCAGAGGUCCGAGGGGGAGGACUUACCCGAUAUGUUAUAACAUAAGGCCCUUGUGAGCUUUUGAACCAGCCAACAGUAGGGUAUAGGGGCUAUUCCCAUAGUUUCCUUAUAUGUAAUUUCUUUAUAUAUAAUUUCUU